AUGUUAUGGGUGGGAAACAACAAGAAAGAGCUCAAGUCAUUAGCCCUGGCUAGACUUGAAGGUAGAUCUCUGAGCACGAAGCAGGGACGACCUGUAAACAAGAAGUCUGAUAAAUAUGCCAUUUUAACCAGAAAAGGUUCUCUCGCACGUCUCAAAGGUGGAGUCCUUGCCCCCGUGACGUCAGACACGAAACUUCCAGUUUUGUGCACGCAGCCAGCUGUGCCAAGACAAGAAUAUUUUGCAUCUCUGAUAGAGCAAAUGAGAACAUUUGGCUACAAAGUGACAGAGGCCAUUGAUCGAUCGGGCAGGAAGCGAGCUUUCACUGUAAUCAGGGGCCUACACUUAUUCACGAUUGACAGCCGUUUUGACGCAGGAACGAAGAAACUUCACGAGGCUUGCGCGGCUGAGGUCAAUAUCGUCGCUGUGCCUGGAAGGAAAAAACUGGAAUUUGGUAAAGAAAAUCUUCCGGACUGUACGAAAGAUCCGUAUUACCGGCAAGCACGAAGACAGUUUGUUUUCGACGUCAUGACAGCUACUAAUAAGACUAUUGAAAAGACUGCAGGACACAAUGAUUUUUGGGCGGAUGGAUUUCCCACGAGAACUUGCGCCGACAUGCCUCGUGUGGCAUUGGGCUACACCCAAAAUGGUCUCGUUGAUGUUCCCAAUAUUGCUCGUCUCUUUGUAGCGUGCACUUUUGGGUGUACAUUGCUUCAACUGCAAGAAAGCAAAAGAAAUUGCUGUAUAUGUCUUGUUAGACAGUACCGACAAAUUUGGAAGACUAAUGUUAGAAUGCUGGAAAUAUUCCUUUGCAUACCAUCAUGCAUCUCUGAUGAUGUCACUUAUCAACAAAGGAGACAAACUUCAACGAAUGGCAUCAGUACUGACACGGGUAAGAAGACGAUCACACAAUCAGUGACAGAGGCUUACACAAUGCUGGCUAAGAAUCGAAGUUAUCGCAAGCUUCUGAUAUUGCUAUUGGACCAAGUACCUUCAGAUGCUUCUGCAGCAUCAAAGAAGCUCACGGAAUUGAAGGUCGGUCAAUAUUUUUGUGUUGAACCAUGUAAUCGACCUUAUUGCGGGCGAUUUGAAACAGUUGAACGACGACGUGGCCUUGAUAUUUUGUUAUGUUUCAUAGGAUCAGACGGGUGA